AUGUGCCGCGUCUGCAUGGCUGAGGCGGAGGACCUACUGGACAUGUACGACAGGGAUAAGACCCACAUAGACGACCGGCUGUCCCAAGCGCUGAAGAAGUUGGAGGAACCUGAACCUAGUCUUCCAGAACUGCUAAAGGAAUGCAGCCCAAUUUGCGUUGAAUCGGACGAUCCAUUUCCGAAAAAGGUCUGCGACCCAUGCCUAAGGAAGCUGCGUGACGCUGUCUAUUUCCAUCGGCGGUAUGCCAAGAGCAUGGACUACAUAGGACGCGUCAAGUUGGAGAAGAAAGACCAGGAAAUCCUUAAUGACAUCGAGCAAGAGGAAUGGGAUCUGAAGAGCGAAAACCCAGAAGAGGCAGACGAGGAUCAAGAAAAUAAGGUUGAAGGUGAAGAUGAUGAUGAGGAUAGCGAGGAAGAAUCAGACGACUUCGAGGACGAUGAAGAUGAGUAUCUGCCAGUGCCAAAAAAGCGUAGGACCAAGCCGGGUUCACUUCAAUGCCAGGACUGUCAUAAAACAUUCACCACACAGGCCCAACUGACCAUACACAGCGCCGACCACAACAAGGAAGCCACCAAGCUGAAUGGCACAAACACCCGUCCAAAGCGCCGCUCCGCCAAAUACUAG